AAAGGAAAUUCCGAGCUAUAUGUAUUAUCAAAUCUUUUAUCUUCUUGGAAUGAGCGUAGGAAACUACAGAAACAAGCCGAUAAUGGGAGGUGGAGUAGCGGCGUCUUCCCAUAAAUUCCACUCAAUUGGGCUAGUGCGUUUUCAGUUUCAAUAUAGACCACAUGAAACGAGAGGUUUGAGAAAGCUCUUCCAUGGUGAUAGGUAUCCUCCUCCUCAAUAUCCUCAUGCUGAUAUUUCCUGCAAAAAUAUUAGUAGCAGCAUCACCAACUGCAGUACUAGCAGUGCUACACCCAUCACAGCAAUUUCCACCGCUUCUGAAGGUGGUAGCAAUCUGUUGGAGUUGGCAGAGAUAAAGGAGAGCUACCGUAAGUGGCAAUGGAAGGGCCAAUAUUCCAUCAAUUACUUUGUUUCUCAUUCUUUAUCCUCUUCUUCUUCGAAUUCCAACCCUCCUCUUCUUCUUGUUCAUGGUUUUGGAGCUUCGAUUCCACACUGGCGCAGAAAUAUUGGGACGUUGGCUCAGAAUUCCACCGUAUAUGCCAUUGAUCUUCUUGGCUUUGGUGCUUCUGAUAAACCAGCAGGCUUUAACUAUACCAUGGAAACAUGGGCUCAGUUGAUAUUGGACUUCCUGAAAGAAAUUGUUCAAAAGCCAACUGUACUGGUUGGCAACUCUGUUGGAAGUCUUGCUUGCGUAAUUGCUGCCUCAGAAUCUAGCAGAAGCCUAGUUCAAGGGCUUGUACUGCUAAAUUGUGCUGGUGGCAUGAACAAUAAGGCAAUUGUAGAUGAUUGGAGAAUCAAGCUAUUAUUACCUUUGCUUUGGCUGUUUGAUUUUCUUCUGAGGCAACGGGGAAUUGCUUCAACAAUCUUUGAGAAUGUUAGAAAGAGAGAAAACCUGAAGAACAUUUUAUUGUCUGUUUAUGCAAAUAAGGAAUCUGUGGAUGAAGAACUAGUAGAGAUCAUUAUGGAACCAACUGAGGAUGCCGGUGCACUAGAUGCUUUUGUUUCCAUUGUGACAGGGCCACCUGGGCCAAGCCCUAUACAGUUGAUGCCUAGAAUCUCCCUACCUGUGCUAAUAUUAUGGGGGGAUGAAGACCCAUUUACUCCUCUUGACGGACCUGUUGGUAAAUACUUCUCUUCGCUUCCUUCUCAACUUCCGAAUGUAAGUCUCUUUGUAUUGGAAGGGGUAGGGCAUUGUCCCCACGAUGACAGGCCUGCCUUAGUCCAUGAAAAGCUUCUUCCCUGGUUGGCUCAUCUUCCUGCUUCAUGAGUGGAUUGUUAACCAUCUACUACUUUCCCUUUGUCUUAUUUGUUAUACUUUUAUAUUGGAGUUUCAAACUAGAAAGUCAUUACCCUUUUCAAUUGAUUGAUUUUGAUA